AUGCUGGAAGGAGAAGCUGAGCAUUGGUGGCAGGGGAUACAACGACUAUUGCAACAAGAUGUAGGUGAUAUUCCUUGGGAUACUUUUAAGGAUGAAUUUUAUAAGAAGUAUUUUUCGAGGGCAGCUUGUGACGCUAAGGAGAUGGAACUUAUGCAGCUGAAACAGGGUAACACAACUGUAGCAGAAUAUGCCCGUAUGUUUGAUUACUUGUGCUGUUUCUCCAAGAUCUGCCAAGGGAAUCCUGUUGACUUUGAAGAAUGGAAGUGUUUGAAGUUUGAAGGGGGUCUUUGUGAGGAUCUGAUGAGUUCAGUAGUUCCAUUGGAGAUACGAAAUUUUGCUGAGAUGGUUAAUAAGUGUAAGUUAGUGGAAGAAUGUGCUAAGAAGGUAAUUGCGUCUAAAGCAAGUAGUCAAGGAUUUCCACCAAGGAACUACAAUAGUUAUAAUUGGCAACCACGAAGAACCAAUUUCAAGACACCUAGUGUGCCACAGCAAAGGAAUCUACAAGCUGGUAACGUUCCUGCUCGCCCUACGGGUGGAAACGGAGGUAGACCGAGGCAGGAUAAUGGACAUAAGGCUAAGAAUUACCCAAAGAGGUUUACUCAGAAUCCAAUGCGAACCCAGCAACAAGGUCGAGUGUUUGCCAUGACUGCUGAUGAUGCUAUGCAAUCAGACGCCCUGAUCCAAGUUCAGUAUUUCUCUGUGUUGAACUUUGAUCUAAUUGUCUAUACACCUGCAUCCCAAAAUGCUUUGACCAGUUUAGUGUGCCUGCAAGUACCAUUCACUAUUAGGAACAGAACUUUUAUACAUGAUCUAAUCUGUUUGCCUUUAUGUGGUUUAGAAGUUAUUCUAGGAUUAGAUUGGUUGUCCAAGUAUCAUGUUUUCCUUGAUUGCUAUGAAAGAACUAUUGUUAUUCCAUCUGAUAGUUUAUAUAUUAAACCAAUUUUGUCUCAUACUUUAUAUCUAAAUUCUGUAAGAGUUACCUUAGACGGGAGUGAUUGUGAGGGGUACGUUCUGUUAGCGGCUAGCUCGAAUGACAGUGAAUUAAGCUUAGAACGAAUCCGAGUAGUGAAGGAAUUUCUUGAUGUUUUCCCAAACAACAUACCUGAGUUUCCUCCUCAGCGCGAGAUAGAAUUUAGCAUUGAACUAGUACCUGGAACCGGACCGAUUUCCAUAGCACCGUACCGGAUGUCACCAAUGGAACUUGCAGAAUUGAAGAAGCAGUUGGAUGAGCUACUUAGAAAGAAAUUUAUUUGUCCUAGUGCAUCACCUUGGGGAGCUCCAGUAUUGCUAGUAAAGAAGAAGGAUGGUGGGAUGAGACUUUGCGUAGAUUACCGACAGCUAAAUAAAGUCACUAUCAAGAACAAGUAUCCACUUCCACGGAUAGAUGAUUUGAUGGAUCAGUUAAAAGGUGCAACUGUGUUCUCGAAGAUUGAUUUGCGAUCGGGCUAUCACCAGAUUCAAGUGAAAGAGUCAGAUAUACCGAAGACUGCAUUUAGAACUCGAUAUGGUCACUAUGAGUAUACGGUUAUGUCAUUUGGACUAACUAAUGCUCCUGCGAUUUUCAUGGAUUACAUGAAUCGUAUUUUCCAUCCGUACCUUGAUCAGUUCGUAGUAGUUUUCAUAGAUGAUAUUCUCAUCUAUUCGAAGACAAACAGAGAGCAUGAAGAGCAUCUAAGGACUGUAUUGCAGAUACUGAGGACUCAGAAGUUAUAUGUUAAACUAUCAAAGUGCGAUUUCUAG